GCUGAUGUGGGAGGCGCUGCGGCGGCUCCGGGCGGGGGGAGGGGCGGUGGAACUGGAGGCAGCCGCGAGCUGGAGAUGCACACCAUCAGUUCCAAAGUGUUCGGAGACAUCCUGGACUUCGCUUACACGUCCCGAAUUGUAGUGCGCCUAGAAAGCUUCCCUGAGCUCAUGACGGCCGCCAAGUUCCUGCUGAUGAGGUCGGUCAUCGAGAUCUGCCAGGAAGUCAUCAAACAGUCCAACGUGCAGAUCCUGGUGCCCCCUGCCCGGGCUGAUAUCAUGCUCUUUCGCCCUCCUGGGACCUCUGACUUGGGCUUCCCUUUGGACAUGACCAAUGGGGCAGCCUUGGCAGCCAACAGUAACGGUAUUGCUGGCAGCAUGCAGCCCGAGGAAGAAGCUGCCAGGGCCACAGGUGCAGCUAUUGCAGGCCAAGCUUCCCUGCCUGUGUUACCUGGGGUGGACCGCUUGCCCAUGGUGGCUGGGCCCCUAUCCCCUCAACUGCUGACUUCUCCAUUCCCCAAUGUGGCAUCCAGUGCUCCUCAACUGACUGGUAAGCGAGGCCGGGGACGUCCCAGGAAGGCCAACCUGCUGGACUCCAUGUUUGGGUCUCCAGGGGGCUUGAGAGAAGCAGGUAUCCUUCCAUGUGGCCUGUGCGGGAAGGUGUUCACUGAUGCCAAUCGGCUCCGGCAACAUGAGGCCCAGCACGGCGUCACUAGCCUCCAGUUGGGCUAUAUCGAUCUUCCUCCUACAAGGCUGGGUGAGAAUGGGCUACCCAUCUCCGAGGACCCCGACGGCCCCAGAAAGAGGAGCCGGACCAGGAAGCAGGUGGCUUGUGAGAUCUGUGGCAAAAUCUUCCGUGACGUGUACCAUCUCAACCGGCAUAAGCUGUCCCACUCUGGGGAGAAGCCGUACUCCUGUCCGGUGUGUGGUCUGCGGUUCAAGAGAAAAGACCGCAUGUCCUACCAUGUGAGGUCCCAUGAUGGGUCAGUGGGCAAGCCGUACAUCUGCCAGAGCUGUGGGAAAGGCUUCUCCAGACCUGAUCACUUGAACGGACAUAUCAAGCAGGUGCACACUUCUGAGCGACCUCACAAGUGUCAGACCUGCAAUGCCUCUUUUGCUACUCGAGACCGCCUGCGCUCCCACCUGGCCUGUCACGAAGACAAGGUCCCCUGCCAGGUGUGUGGGAAGUACCUGCGGGCAGCGUACAUGGCAGACCACCUGAAGAAGCACAGCGAGGGGCCUAGCAACUUCUGCAGCAUCUGUAACCGAGGUUUCUCCUCUGCCUCCUACUUAAAGGUCCAUGUUAAAACCCACCACGGUGUUCCCCUUCCCCAGGUCUCCAGGCACCAGGAACCCAUCCUGAAUGGGGGAGCAGCGUUCCACUGCGCCAGGACCUAUGGCAACAAAGAAGGCCAGAAAUGCUCACAUCAGGAUCUGAUUGAGAGCUCUGAUUCCUAUGGUGACCUCUCAGAUGCCAGUGACCUGAAGACGCCAGAGAAACAGAGUGCCAACGGCUCUUUCUCCUGCGACAUGGCAGUCGCUAAAAACAAAAUGGAGUCUGAUGGGGAGAAGAAGUACCCAUGCCCUGAAUGUGGGAGCUUCUUCCGUUCUAAGUCCUACUUGAACAAACACAUCCAGAAGGUGCAUGUCCGGGCCCUUGGGGGUCCUUUGGGGGACUUAGGCCCUGCCCUCGGCUCACCUUUCUCUCCCCAGCAGAACAUGUCUCUUCUUGAGUCCUUUGGAUUUCAGAUUGUUCAGUCAGCAUUUGCGUCAUCUUUAGUGGAUCCUGAGGUGGACCAGCAGUCCAUGGGGCCUGAAGGGAAGUGAGACAUGCUGUGUCUCCACAGAACAAACAGCCUUUGGGGACUGCUGAGAAACGCUGUGAAUGCAGAGGGAAGUGAUGUCUUUGGGUUCUGUAGCUGAGAGAUUUUUAUUCAUUUUAACCCCCAUCCCUGCCCCUACCCUGCUCCCCUCUCUGUCCAUCACCCAUUCCUCCCAAUGGUCUUAGAGAUAAGAUAGACUCUCAUCCUAUACUCUGCAGAAAUAUUUGAGACACCCAGUAUGGGACAAGAGCAGAAAACACUACAUAGGCGUCUCUGCCAGCACCAGUCCUGGUUCUUCUAGGUCUGAAUCCAGAACUUCUGGUGCUUAGUUCUUGGUGAUCCUAAACCUCAGUUCCAAGACAUUCUUGGACUUUGGUAGUCUUGGUCUUGGUCCCUUCCUGCUUCUUUCAUUCCUUUAAUCCCCCCCCCUUUCCUAUAUUCUCAAAAGAAAUUACAGUUGGGUCUCUACCCUCUUAUGGCCAACUAUUUUUAAGGAAGCCAGAAACCUACAGCAUCCCAUGGACCAUAGGAUGAGUGUCCUCUAAGAGCCCUUUGAGAUUGGCCCUGGUCUUCUUGAACUGCUGGAAGCUAACACUUCACUGCCAGGACAAGCUCAUCUACUGAGGACACCUCUACCCCAAAUUCCAGUUUCUUACUUGAUUUUAACCAUUCAACUUGCUGUUGGGUUUUGAUUUUCUAAUUCUUAUUAUUGUUAUUUUUAGGACCAGUUGUAGUGAAUUGCUACUGAAAGCUACCCCAGGUGACACAGAGCUUUUUGUAAACCACAGUCACACAUUAGGGUUAGUAUGAAACUUUGUUUAGAUGUACUAUAAUUAACUUGGCUAGUUGUUUGAAGUCUAUGGAAGAAAUAGUUUUAUGCAAAAUUUUAAAAAAUUCCAGUCUGGUCAGGACAAGGUUUUUAAUGGUGUUGGGGGCCAGGAAGGUAGGAGAGCCUCAGGUAGAAACAUUGUGUACCUUGGUUGUAUUACACUUGAGCAAGCCCAGGUUGACCUUGUGAUGUGAAUUGAUCUGAUCAGACUAUAUUAAAAACAUUAGUACGAUA